GCAUUUAAACCACCAAAUAGAAUAGAGUCCGUGAAGUCAUGAUGGCAGCAAAUGGACGCACGAGGGUUGCUCUUUCUAACCAAACCAACCUAGUGCGCGAUAUUCACCACAAAACUGGUAGUCAAGCCACGCCGUCUCAGCUUACGGAACCCCGUUACGUGGCAGAAUAUGGCACUGAAAUACUAGCAUAUUUUCUGGAGGUGGAACGGGUUCUCUACUGUGAACGACUGUACAUGGAUCGACAGUCGGAAGUUACGGAUCGUAUGCGGAAGAUUUUGAUAGACUGGCUCAUGGAUGUCAUUGCAGAGUUUAAACUGCAUCCAGAAACAUUUUUCCUUGCAGUGGACAUCAUCGAUAGAUUUCUUUUCUUUUACAGCAUCCCACGCACUAAGUUGCAGCUUGUUGGCGUGACCGCAGUCUUGAUCGCGGCGAAGCAUGAAGAGGUGUGGCCGCCCUCGGUGAACGAUUGUGUGGCUGUAACUGCAAAUACUUAUAGUGCGCGUGAAGUCAUUGACAUGGAGUUCGACAUUGUUACAGCCCUUCGGUUCAAGUUUACUGUACCUACAACGUACCCCAUCGCAUGCCGUCUUCUGGACGUCCCUCGAAUUUCACAGCAAGUUCGCCACGCAUCAUUCAUGUUUCUGGAGAGUGCUGCGCACUGUUAUCCGCUUCUGCAGUUUUUGCCGUCUCGCAUUGCGGCCGCGUCCGUGAUGCUCGCCGCGCUACUCGUGCGUACUAAUACCACAACGGAUACUUCUCCAAUCAGCAAGUUGUGGGAGUUUGAGUUUCAGUCAGCGGCACUCGAAAUUGAAUUUGAGGAGCUUGUUCCAGUGGCAGAGCAGCUGCUUCCGUUCACCCAACGGUUGUGCUCAUCGUCGUCUCGAUUGCAGGCACUGCGGCGAAAAUACUCCUCCCGUGAGUAUUCCUCAGUAGGAACACUUCAGUUUCCAGCCGCUGCGAUGAUUGCGUGA